AUGUCUCGCCUGAGCAGCGAGGAAGAGAUGAAACUUAUGCCCGUCGAAACAUUCUCCAAUGCCCCAGCUUAUCGGACCCACAACAGUCAAAACCCCAGAAAGAAGUGGACAAUCCUGGCUAUUUCUGUCGUGAGCUUCCUUCUCUUCCUAACUUUUGCUUCGAUAUAUGGAUCCGAUGAAGUACCAAAGAUAGAAGAGGAGGUUGAAGAGCCCCAAUUUGCCGAAAUUCGCAAUAUCUCAACAUAUCAGGAACCGGAACGGAGUUGCGGAAAACGGGAUGAGGCUGCCAACAUGACUAUUUGGAACGAUGUUGUCAACAAGACAAGCAACUUGACGGAGGACAUGUUCACAAUUGCUAUCCAAACCUAUAAGCGACCGACCCAACUCAAGAAAACCAUCCAACAUCUCGUCGAAAACAAAGUACCCUCACUUUAUGAGAUCGUCGUCGUCUGGAACGAAAUAAACGUUGAGCCCCCAUCAGACUUUAUGAGUGAACACGGCGUGCUCGUUCGCUAUCGCAGAUCCGAGAAAAACAGUCUGAAUCAGAAGUUCCUUCCUGAUCCAGACUACAGGACCCAGGGAAUCCUUCUCUCCGACGAUGAUUGGAACUACAAUACGACCGGCGAUCUUGAAUACGCAUUUCAACAAUGGAGGCGUGUGGGCAUGCACCGUCUUACGGGAGCUUUUGCGCGUUGUUGGACUUUGAACGAGGUCACCGAGACUCCCAUUUACAGCUUCAACUGCAAGGGCCAGGACACCUAUAGUAUGAUCCUGACAGGUAUGGCUUUCACGCACAUCUCGUACUUGGAGUACUAUCACUCGGAGGACGAGAUCAUGACAAGCGUUCGCGAAUUCGUGGAUGAGUCUUUCAACUGCGAAGACAUCGCACUCAACUUCGUCGCCAGCAUGUUGACAUGUGAAGGACCGCUUUUGGUCCUUGGUAAAGACAAGUUGGACAACCAGCAUGCUAGCUCUGGCAUCAGCUCGAAACCUGGACACAUUUUGAGGAGGAGUAAGUGCUUGAAGAAGUUUGUGGAUCUAUUUGGAUAUAUGCCAUUGCACGAAGUGCAAGGCUAUCUCAAAAGAGGCGUGAUUGCAACUCAGUAA